AUGGAUCUACUAGCUUUUAAUCUUCUUCCAAAUCCCACUUCAAGAAAUUCAAAUUGCACCUGAAGAUUUACUCUACAACCAAAGGUAUUUUUUUUACUUCUUCCGGGUUUUCAAUUACAAAUUGGCUCUGCAAAAUUGGAGUUUUUUUGGAGAUUAGGUUUUUUGUUUCUGCUCAGAUUGAUUGAUUUAUUGUAAAAUUGGUGAUUAGGGUUCUUCUGUAAAACUAGUUUUUGGCUCUGCAAGAUUGGGGAUUAGGGUUUUUGUUUCUGCUUCAUUCACUGCGAAAUUGGAGAUUAGGGUUCUUAUGUACAAUUAAUUUGGGGUUUUUGUUUUUAGUUCGUUAAGGUUUAUUGUUCGGUUUAGGUUAAGAAAACUGGAAGGAACAAGAAGUGCAUCUCCAUAUUCCAAUGGGGAAGAUAGAAUCAGUAGGUUACCUGAAGAACUAAUUCACCAUAUCCUCUCUUUCAAUCACACCAAAAAUGUAGUCCAAACUAGUGUUCUGUCCAAAAGAUGGAUUCAUAUCUGGAAAUCUAUCCCAUAUCUAAGCAUCAAGAGGAAUUUGUUUCCUCGUGGCAAAGAACAUGAUCAGAAGUUCAUAGAUUUUGUGGAUAUGGUAUUCAUUCUACGCAAUGAAUCUGAUAUUCACAGAUUUGCUCUAGAUUGGUUCAGCGAUUAUGAGGAUGAGGAUAUUGUGAUGAAAAAUGUUAAAAGAUGGAUUGUUCAAGCUGUUAUGCGUAAUGUCGAAGAAAUCAAUUUACAAAUCCGUCAAGGUCAUCCUGCAGCUUUUCAGAUUCCUCAUCAACUCCUUAAUUGCAAAUCGCUGACUAAGUUGGAAUUGCAGGUGAAUUUCGGAGAGAGAUGUACAGAUGUUAUUUUACCAAAAUCAAUUGAUUUACCUCGGCUCAAAGUUAUGUGGGUUCAUGGAGUUGCGAUCUCGAAUGAAGAACUAUCAAAAAAGCUCUUUUCAAGUUGUCCAGUUCUUGAAAAGUUAGAACUAUAUCAUUGUGACAUACCAAAUUUGACUGUUAAUUCUCUCACCCUCAAGAAUUUCGUGUACAAGCGAUUUCACAGUAGUUUGCCCAACGUUAUCAAGUUGACAGCUCCAAAUCUGAAAGACCUCUGGUGCAGGUCUUCCGUGACACAACAUUAUUCUCUUGAAAACUGUCCUCUUCUAUCCAGUGUAAUUUUUGAAUUGAUAGUGCUCAAAGAAAGAGUUUUCGGAGAGAAUGCAGAAGCAUAUUGUUAUUGUCCUUCGGAGGAAGAAAAAGUAUAUGCUAAACAUUUAGUGAAUUUUCUACGAGCGAAUUACAUGGUGAAAGUGAUGGGGUUAUCAUCUGGAUUCCUCGAGGUUCUCUCCCAAGCACCUGAGUUACUAGACAGUCAACCACCUCGCUUAUGUAAUCUACAGUACUUGUCGAUGGAUAUGUGGUCUACAACAGGUUGCUUUCGGGCUAUAACAUACUUACUCAAGAUUUUUCCUCGUAUUAUUUUUGUUUUACUAAGAUCCAAGGAGUCAAAUUUAGCGGACGUUGGAAAUAAUUGGGAAGCAGGAUUUUCAUCGCCGGGGAUGUUGUCUCACCUCAAGUAUGUUAAUUUUGACGAAGUGGGAGGAUCUGAUGCUGAGCUCAAACUUUUGAGUUUUUUGUUAAAACAUGCCAAGGAUUUGAGGAGAAUUUUUCUAUCCUUCCGUGCUAGUAUUGGCUCGCCAGAUGGAGUGAGACAAAUGAAACUAUUUAGAGAUAAGGUUAGAGCACUUCCAGCAGCAUCUUCAAGCGUCAAAGUAAAAUGUCGUUUCAACCUUGGAAAUAGGUGAUCUUGUACUCGAAUAACGAAAAGAAAAGAAUUCCCUUCCUACAUCUAGUAGUUUGAGGUUUUUUCCGUUCCUUUUUCCUUUUUUUCUUCUUCGAUUUGUCUUCUUUUGUGAAAAAGAAUGAUUGAGAUGUCUAUUAGGGAUUUCGUUGGAUGCUUAUUAAGACUGUGCUCCUGUGCAUCUUAGAACUUUUGUCUGCAAAAGGAUUCUAUCCUUUAGCUUUAAUUCUGUUGUGUCUGCAUCCAUAUCUAAAUUGUACAAACUGAGGUAGAUUUCUUGGUUGAUUUUGGUGGUCAAUUGAAAUCCAAAAGACCUCCAAAUGUUGCU